AUGAAACUACCCUCCAGAACUCGCUCUACGCGCAACCAUGUAUCCUAUCGCGAGCAGACCAGCGACAGCGACAGGGAAGAGUUCAAUGAAUGUGCCGGCGAGGACGACUUCGAAGCCGCUCCAUCGCGACCACGACGGCAUCGUGCUCCGCCUCUAGCUCCUACCACUGCCUCUCCGCAGUCGAGUACCUCAAAGAAACGCAAAGCAUCUGGGCCGGGACACAGACGGCAUCAUGCUGUACCAAAGAGACUCAAGCUUAGUGGGCUUGAUACAGACUCGAAGAAGAAUCGCGAUACGGUCAUUCAAUUCACUGGCAAGACCAUGCCUUGGCCGACUCUGCCCUACCACAUCCUGCUCGCCAUCUUCAGCUACGCUUCUCGACCUCUCCUAAGCGAUACAUUCCAUCCCACGCCGUCCAUCAACUGGUUGUACAGUGUUGCGCUUUGUUGUAAAGCCUUCGCUGAACCUGCCCUCUCUGCCCUUUACUAUUCGCCACCUCUCGAUACGCCAAGUCGAGCUCAUCGCCUCCUCUCGCACCUAGAAACCCAAAAUGAGACGUCAAGCUUCAAUUAUGGAGCAAAAAUCAAAUAUCUGGACUUGGAAGCUUCCAGCACAAUGCUACACAAAUUUGUCGGCAGGGACCCCUUGGACCUUGGAGCGCUCGUGUCCCUGACUCCCCAGCUGCGAGGCAUUACAUUACACCUUUACUCAGAUAAUCUGGCUUGGAGAAAAAGUGGCAGAUCCAGGAAUAUUGCUGGCAGUAAAGCUGUGUAUCACCGUUCGAUGGUUACGGCGCUGCGGGAAAACAAGAUCAGGCUUCAAGACUGGACAUGGAACCACUCGCUGGCAAAGCAAGGCCAGAGCGCAUUUCCACUGGCGCAAAUGAGAGACGUUCACUUGAUGCCGCCCUUCCAGACCCUACGAAGUCUGGCUCUUGUCAACUACCCCGCCGGCCCAAUUGAGAAAGGCAGACCUUGCGAAGACAUGCUUGCAGAAGCCAUCAACCUUUUGCCAAAAUUGACAGACCUACAUUUUCACAUGUCCUCUGUCAAUGACCGACUCUUGUCCAAACUACCACAUAACCUCCAGACCCUCGAGAUCGUGGAAUGUCCAGUACUAAAAUCGUCUUCGCUUGAUGGCUUCCUCGCUGCGAAAGGGGUGAAUAUUCGACAGCUAAUCUUGGAUCAUAAUCAGUCCCUGAAUCUAUCUUUCCUGACAAAUCUUGCCCAAUCCUGUCCAAAACUGGAGCUCCUCAAAGCCGACCUACGAUACUUCGGCACAUUGAACGUGAUUCGCGAUACGGAUCCAAAAUAUGACGCACUCCUACUUGAUGACGAAAGGCCAACCUGGCCAGUGACUCUACGGAAUCUGGAGCUCUUCCAUCUACGGAAAUGGAAUCUUCAGACGGCCGAGCUUUUCUUCUCCUCUUUGACGGAUUCCGCAGAAAUGUUGCCUGAUCUUCGCCAGCUCAAGAUCAAGGCUAGCCUCGAUGAGAGCGGUUGGCGAGAAAGGAUUGCCUUCCGCGACAAUUGGACGGAAAAUCUUCGGCGCGUUUUUCUUAGGAGGUCGCCACCGCCAAAUCCGCAGCUCAAAUCCAUUUCCGCUUUCAAGGCUUUCAAAUCACAGCAAAAGAAGGGCAAGACCGCUGUUCGGGAGGAGAAGCGGCAGACUCUCACGCGGGCUACAGCUUCCAACCUCAACAAUGAAGGCACCAUCCAAGCCAGCCGAGUCGACGUGGCUCCUCAAACAACGGUCGAAGACGCAAAUGAAAGCGACAGUGACGCUCCGUUGGUCAAAGUUCGCCGAAGCACUAGAGCCAGAACGCAGAGGGAAGACAUCUACACUCUGUCUGAGAGUUCUCCCAGUCGGCCAAAAGCUCCUCGUCGCCGAAGACGCCGCAAAGGCUCUGAUGACUCAUCAAGCGAAGACUCAGCAAUCGACGACGACGGCAUACUUGAGCCAGAUACCCAACAAACAUCUGUCGAUCGCGAAGCGGAAUUGUACGUACAAGGCCUUUGCGAUGUAGUGGAUGUCUUGAUCGACAACCUACGACCUACUGAGGAGCAGCUCAAAGAAGACGAUUUCCUUGAUGAAGAGGUCAGUGGUGAUGAGGAUUGGAACGGAGAUGAUGAAAUGCCUGGUGAUAAUGGGUAUGCUUGGUAA